AUGGUUACUUGUCCUGAAGAAACUUGUCCAGGAGAGAACAAAAUUGAUUACCUGCUAGAGGACAAAUUGCAAAGGAUUACAGUCACUGGAGCAAUCACAGAGGUCAACAAGGAUCUGGUUCUCCUCCCCAACAUCACCCUUGGCUUCCACAUUUAUGACAAUCACCAGAUUGAGAGGGAGAUUUUCUUAGUCAGCCUCUCCCUGUUCUCCACAAGAGGCCAAAUGAUUCCGGGUUACAAAUGUGACAGGCAGGACCCUCUGCUCUCUGUCAUUGGAGGUGAUAACUCCAAAUCCUCAAAGCAGAUGGCCUCCAUCUUCAGCAUCUUCAAGGUCCCACAGUGGAACUGGGUUGGGCUUAUAGCUUCUGAAGAUGACAGUGGAGAACGUUUCAUCUCAUCCCUGAUGCCGAUGCUGAAGGAGAAGGAGAUCUGCCUGGCCUUCACUGAAAAGUUGAAAUUUGAUUUUCUUGUUUCUACAAAGUUGCAUUUUUUUCAUAUUUUCAAGACUUGGUCAAAAGCUGAAGUAAUUAUUCUCUUUGGAGAUUCUAAUAGUAUUACAAAUGUACUGGUGGUAAUGGAUGUUCAUGAACGAUGGACAAAGACAACAUUUUGCAAAGUUUGGAUCAUAACUUCCCAUUGGAAAGUUAGUAUGAUGGGAUCUCAAGACAUAUUGAAAGGUAUAAAUCCCUUCCAUGGAUCUUUGCAUUUUAGGGACCACACUGGGGACAUCUCAGAAUUCACCCAUUUCCUACUGUCUCUAGACCCUUUCAACCCACAAGGGGACGUCUUUCUCCCUCCAUGGUGGGAAUUUGUCUUUAACUGCAAGAUCUACAAACCAGGUGGAAUUUCUCCAGCCCAGCAAAGAACAUGUACUGGAAAGGAGAACAUGAAGAAUCUGCCAAUGUAUGCAUUUGAAACAGGCAUGACAGUAGAAAGUUACCACAUUUACAAUGCAGUUUAUGCUCUGGCACAUGCAUUACAUACAACGUAUGAUUCAGGACCACAACUAGCCCUGCUGAGGCUUGGAAAGAGGAUCUCAAAAGUCCAGUCAUGGCAGAGGAGAAGAGUUCCAGAGGGCGAGCAGGUUUGCUGCUACCAGUGUGAUGCUUGUCCAGAAGGGACCAUUUCUAAUCAGACAGAUGCAGCUCUCUGUGAACCCUGCCCAGAGGACCAAUAUCCAAACAAGGACAAGGACCAAUGUAUUGCCAAGAAGAUCCACUUCCUUGCUUAUCAAGACACACUAGGAUACACUUUAAUUUCUCUCACCCUUUUUCUCUGGGUGACCACAUCUGCAGUUGUGCUGAUUUUCUAUAAACAUCAUAAUACACCAAUCGUCAAGGCCAACAACCGAGAUCUCACCUACAUCCUCUUGGUCUCCCUCCUGCUCUGCUUCCUCUGCUCCUUCCUCUUCAUUGGUCAACCUGGGAAGAUCACCUGUCUCUUCCAACAGUCUGCUUUUUCCAUUCUCUUUUCCCUUGCGGUUUCCUCUGUGUUGGCAAAAACUGUCAUGGUUGUUCUAGCCUUCAUGGCCACCAAACCAGGGAACAAGACAAGGAAACUCUUGGGAAAACCACUGACCAACUCCAUUGUCAUAGCCUGUCCCCUGAUACAAGCAGUUCUUUGUGCCACCUGGCUGAUAACCUCUCCUCCAUUUCUUAACUUGGACUUCCACUCCUUGUUUAGAGAGAUCAUCUUGGAAUGUAAGCAAGGCUCAGCUGUAAUGUUUUACACUGUCCUCUCCUAUCUAGGUCUUUUGGCCCUUGUCAGUUUCUCAGUGGCGUUUCUAGCUAGGAAAUUGCCUGAUAGCUUUAAUGAAGCCAAGUUCAUUACUUUUAGUAUGCUGGUCUUUUGCAGUGUUUGGAUCAGCUUCCUCCCCACCUACCUGAGCACCAAAGGGAAGUCCAUGGUGGCUGUGGAGAUCUUCUCUAUUUUGGCCUCUGGAGGUGCUCUCUUGGCUUUUAUCUUUUUCCCCAAAUGCUACAUUAUUCUGCUGAGGCCAUAUCUAAAUUGUAGAGAAAAUAUAGUAAGAAACAAAAAUCUCUAG